CAUAUAUUGACCAAGAAAUUUACUCAACCAUCAUUACACCAUUCAAACAUCAUUAUACGACCAUUAUCAUUUUACAACCGGUUCUGCAAGUAUCGCCCAGUAUUUAAUUUUGUCUGUGAUGUUUUCCGUGUACUAAAUAAUAUACUAUAUUCAAAAACAUGUCCGUACAUUUAACGAGUAAGAACUUUUUGUGGCACCUGAAGUCCCAUGUGAGGUCAGUCGUGCGGAAACGGGUCGGUGAGGUCAGGUAUUCUAAUGGAACGGAGGCGCAUACCCUCAAGAUUGCAGAGAGGAUCAAGCAGAAAAAGAGCGAAGCGCUACUUGGUGGCGGUCAGAAAAGGAUAGAUGCUCAACAUAAAAGAGGCAAGUUGACAGCAAGAGAACGAAUUUUAUUAUUUUGCGAUCAUGACAGCUUUGUGGAAUACGAUAUGUUCAUGGAACAUACCUGCACAGAUUUUGGAAUGGAAAAACAAAAGUUCCCGGGUGACUCGGUGGUCACAGGCAAUGGGCUAGUCAACGGACGACCAGUUUACGUAUUCAGCCAAGACUUCACAGUUUUUGGAGGAAGUCUAUCCAGCGUCCACGCUAAGAAAAUCUGUAAGAUCAUGGAUCAGGCUGUUUUGGUUGGAGCUCCAGUUGUCGGAUUGAACGAUUCAGGCGGUGCCAGGAUUCAAGAAGGUGUUGCAUCACUUGCUGGGUAUGCUGAUAUUUUUCAAAGGAACGUUCUAGCUUCAGGCGUCAUUCCUCAGAUUUCGCUUAUUAUGGGGCCUUGCGCAGGAGGAGCAGUAUACUCACCAGCCAUCACUGAUUUUACCUUCAUGGUUGAGGAUACCUCAUAUCUCUUCAUAACUGGGCCAGAUGUUGUGAAAUCAGUUACCAACGAAGACGUGAGUCAACAAGAGCUUGGAGGUGCAAAGACGCAUACCACGAUAUCAGGAGUGGCACAUAAGUCUUUCGCCAACGACGUUGAGGCGAUUCUGCAAUUGAGAAACUUCAUGGGAUUCUUGCCCCAAUCAAAUCAGUAUCCGGCACCUAUCAGGGAAUCCAGUGAACCAAGUCAUUUAGAUGUUCCAAUGCUGGACACAGUGAUACCUCCAUCGGCUACAUCGCCAUACGAUAUGCUCGACAUAAUUUAUGGUAUUGUGGACGAGCGAGAUUUCUUCGAAAUAAUGCCAAAGUACGCCAAAAAUAUUAUCACUGGAUUUGGCAGAAUAAAUGGCAGGACAGUCGGCAUUGUCGGGAACCAACCUAAAGUAGCUGCAGGAUGCUUGGACAUCAAUGCCUCAGUAAAAGCAGCGCGAUUCGUCAGAUUUUGUGACGCCUUUAAUAUCCCUCUGGUCACGUUAGUUGAUGUGCCUGGUUUUCUGCCAGGAGUGACCCAAGAACAUAACGGUAUUAUCAGGCAUGGCGCUAAGUUACUUUACGCCUAUGCAGAAGCGACCGUACCUAAGCUAACUGUCAUCACAAGAAAGGGUUAUGGAGGUGCUUAUGACGUCAUGUCAUCGAAACACUUGAGAGGCGACAUUAACUAUUGCUGGCCUACUGCUGAGGUUGCCGUGAUGGGAGCGAAAGGAGCAGUUACGAUUUUAUAUAAAGGAAAAGAUGAUAUUGAAAAGAGAGAGGCUGAAUAUAUAGAUAAGUUUGGCACUCCUUUCCCGGCAGCUCAACGAGGUUUUAUCGAUGACAUAAUUGAACCGAGGACAACAAGAUGGCGUUUGAGCAGGGACUUGGACUUGCUGGCAACCAAAAAACUACAAAAUCCACCUAAAAAGCAUGGCAAUAUCCCACUCUGAUAUUUGUUGUAUAGAUGUUGAAAUAUAUUUUUUCUAAAAAGUUCCUAUAUUCAAAUUAUAUAUUUUAUAAAUAAAUCCCACAUUAUAAGAAAACAUA